ACAGCAUUAAGAGGGGAAUUAGCUGCAGCUUUUAGCAAGACUUGCCAUGUUUCCUUCUCCUCUAAACCAAUACCAGAUCCAAGAGAUCAAUCGCCUCACUCUUGCCUACUUCAUCGUCUCCGGCCUCGACCUCCUCCAUGCUCUCCACUGAGCAAGGCAAACUUUGAGAGGUUGGAUCUGGAACCAGCUUUGAAAGCUCUCAAGGAUAGGCUCAUGACCAAGAAUGUGGCUGAGGAGAUAGCUGAGAAGCUCUGUGAAUCAGUGGCAGCUAGUCUUGAGGGAAAAAAGUUGGGUUCAUUUACAAGAAUUUCUUCUACAGUUCAGGGAGCAAUGGAAGAAGCUCUUGUUUGUAUUUUAACUCCUAGGCGCUCUAUUGAUAUACUGAGGGAUGUGCAUGCUGACAAGGAGCAGGGCAAGCCUUAUGUUGUUGUUUUUGUUGGUGUCAAUGGAGUCGGGAAAUCUACUAAUUUGUCCAAGGUUGCCUAUUGGCUCCAGCAACAUCAGGUCAGUGUUAUGAUGGCAGCAUGUGAUACAUUCCGAUCAGGGGCUGUUGAGCAGUUGCGUACUCAUGCACGUAGACUCCAGAUCCCUAUUUCUGAGAAGGGAUAUGAGAAAGAUCCUGCUGUUGUUGCAAAGGAAGCAAUCCAGGAGGCCAAACUCAAUGGUUCUGAUGUGGUGUGGGAUGCAACUGCAGCUGAUCCUAAAUUGCUGGCCUUUUUGAAAUCGUACAGGAAUUUCGUACACAUUGAAUCUGGUCUUCACAAGAACUUGUUCCCCUUCCUUAUUUUCCUCCUCGGUGGUUCUCAAGCUGCUUCUCUGAAUUUGGUAGCUGAUUAUGAUUCUUUGUUUCAAUUGGUGUUAAAGAUAGCUAGCUUUACAUACCAUUUUAGGAGUCCUUUUGUAUAUAUGAUAUGGAGAUGAACUUUAACAUUUACGAGUUUAGAUAUUAAUUUUUCUGAAGCAAUUUCUUGCUUGUACUGACUGUUUGUAUUCUGGCUCGUGUAAUGACUGUUUAUACUUUAUACCCUGUAUCUUGCAGGAAAUGUCUAGCUGAUGGAAGCCUUCUCAGUGAGGCAGUGAUGGAUUCUGAGAAUGCUGUAGCUGCCGUAAAUGUAAGUACUUGGAGCACCAAAUGAGAAUAUUUGGCUGCUGUAUAAUUAACACAACAACUUCUUGUAUUUGGAGCACUGCAACAUCCUAGAACUCUUUCAAUGAGGAAGCCCCAUUACUGUUCUUUAGGCCAUGGAGAGUGCCAAUGUUAUGAAGUGAAGCCUAAUUUUGAAGACAAAAGCUAAGAAGAGCAGGAGAUCAGUGAAUUAGAACUUGACUUGGAUUUUUUUUCUGUUCUCCUAUUUUGUAGAUACAAUUAGCAUUAUCAGACCCAUUUAGAUUGCUAUGGGAUUAUAACAACUAUCUAUUAUGAUUAAUUUACUGUUCUUUUGGUCAUUUUUCAUUCCAGAA